AUGGAUCACUUCGAUGUAUUAAAAGCCAAGUUUCUAGUCGGCAGUCUAGCCAAUGAAUCUUUCCGAGCAGGUGGCUCUGGAUCGAUGUCUACAUCUAUCUAUGACACGGCAUGGGUAUCUAUGGUAUCGAAAGAUGUUGACGGGGUUAGACAUUGGCUCUUUCCAGAAGCCUUCCAACACAUAGUCGAUUCUCAGGCCAAAGAUGGCUCCUGGGAAUCUUAUUCGUCGCAGGUGGAUGGAAUCUUGAACACCAUGGCGGCUCUGUUGGCCUUUGUAUCUCAUCAAAAUGCUAACAAUUUCUCGUACUCCGUUUUACCGCCUGACAUUGAUGCACGAAUACUCAAAGCGCAAGAUAGUCUGAGACAUCAAUUGCAAACGUGGGAUGUCAGAUCUUGUGUUCAUGUUGGAUUCGAGAUUCUUGUCCCUGCGCUUUUAGGAAUGCUAGAGCAAUACAACGUCGUCUGUGAAUUUCCUGGUAGAACACAUCUACUCCAACUGAACCAGGAGAAGCUCUCGAGAUUCCAGCCAGAAAUCUUCUAUAAGGAUAUACAAGUGACUGCACUGCAUUCUUUGGAAGCAUUCAUUGGUACAAUAGAUUUCAAUAGAAUCAAGCACCACUUACAGAAUGGAAGUAUUAUGGCUUCUCCAUCUUCAACGGCGGCAUAUCUAAUGAAUACUUCAACCUGGGAUAACGAAUCAGAAAUUUAUCUCAGAAACACCAUCAUUGAAGGUGCUGGAAAAGGCAACGGAAGCGUCCCUUGUGCGUUCCCAACGACGUUUUUCGAGUUCACAUGGGUUGUCUCUACGCUUCUGAAAGCAGGUUAUACCCCAGAAGAAUUAGGAGAGUAUAAUCUUAGCAUAUUGGUGGACCAUCUCCAGCAGGAAUUAAGCCACAGACAAGGAGUCAUCGGUUUUGCUCCUUCAUUACUUCCCGAUGCUGAUGACACCGCGAAAUGUAUUCUUACGCUUUGUCUGGUCGGAAGAUCAGUUUCGGCAGAGCAAAUGAUAGCAAACUUUGAAGUCAAAAAUCAUUUUCAGACUUACGCACUCGAGAGAAAUGGAAGCAUCAGUGCAAAUUGUAAUGUACUCAAUGCUUUGUUGCAUAUUAAUGAGCCCAACAAAUACAUCGGGCAGAUUCUCAGCACAACUGAGUUUUUAUGCAAUUCAUGGUCGGCAGGAAAGAUCGAUGACAAAUGGAAUCUCUCCCGGCAGUAUUCGAUGAUGCUCUUGGCUCAGACAUUCAGAAAGCUUGUGAUGGUUUGGGACAGUGGAGCACUACCAGACUUUCCAGAAGAACAAUUGAAAGACAAGAUUCCUGUAAUUUUAUUACAGAUUCUACAUCGCACAUUGCAUAGCCAAAAUAGCAAUGGUUCUUGGGGUACUUCAGGCUCGUGCGAGAUAACUGCUUAUGGCAUCCUGACUUUGAUUGAUGCGACUUUCUUUCCCUGGGCCGGAGAGCUUGACAAGCAAGUGCUUAAAGGCAUUCGUACAGGUCAAAGUUUUUUGAAUCAGCACCGAGAUAGUUGGGAUAAAGUUACUUAUACCUGGGUUGAAAAAGUCAGUUACGGAUCAAGUAUUUUGUCCAGAAAAUAUUGUAUAGCAGCAACCCAUGCAGCCAAGAAUUACCCUACCAACUCAGCACAAUGGAAACCACUUCCAAAUAUCCUCAGUAUUCCCUUUGAUAGAGUUGCGAAGUUCGCCAAGUUUUUCUCUGCAAUACCUCUCUUCGCAAGUGAGAGCUCGUGGAAGCUCACUGCCUCUAUUAUGGAAGGAUAUCUCUUUCUUCCACGACUACGUCGAAUUCGCUUGGAUAUCUUCCCCCGCCAGAACAUGGCAGAGGAUAAAUAUCUAGAGUAUAUUCCUUUCACGUGGACUGGUUGUAAUAAUAAAGGGGUAUUCCUUGAGACUGACCUAAUUUGGGAUAUGAUGGUCAUCUCAAUGUUAAAUUAUCAAGCAGACGAAUUCAUGGAAGCUGUGCUUGGACACAACGGCUCUGCGAAGCAUUUAAUCCGAGGCCUGUUUUCCAAGACAACUCUUCGAAGUGACCCCCUAUCGAGUCAGGAGAGUUCUUCGAUAGAUCGUGGCAUCAUAACACCAGUGAACUCCGAUGACGGUUUACCAGAUGACUCCACAAAUGAUGACAGAGACACUCUCAUCCGCUUCAAAGACCACGUUCUAAACCAUCCUUCCAUCCAAAAAGCUUCAGAAUCAUCUUUAGCUCAUCUGAGCAAACAAUUGGAAGCUUUUCUCCUCGCCCAUCUCACUCACUCAACCGACAAUUCUCGAUUUGCACAACUUUCAGGACACGAUGCCGAUGCUCCCGUCACAUUCCCAGCAUCGAGAACUUACUGGGAUUGGGUACGUAAUAUUUCCGCCGUCCAUACAUCAUGUCCCUAUUCAUGGGACUGGAUAUCGUGUCGAAUGACAUCGGACCGAGGAGACGAACCGUUCCCCACCGUGCUCACAAAGUAUCUGUCCGCGGAGCUGGGUCAGCAUCUCGCAGUCAUGUGUCGCAUGUACAACGAUUAUGGCUCGCUAGCACGCGACAAAGCGGAGAAGAACCUCAAUAGCGUGAAUUUCCCCGAGUUUGAAAAGUGUGCCGGAAGUUCUAUGUCUUCUGAUGCAACGGAAAAGCAAACUACGGCGGAACUGCAAGAGAGGAAAAGCGCAUUGAUGGAAAUGGCGGAGUAUGAACGGGAAUGUCUCCUUAUCGUCAAAGCGAGAUUGAGACCUUUGGUUGGCGAGAAGGUAAGAGGUGUGCUGGAUGUCUUUGUCAAUGUAACGGAUUUGUAUGGGCAAAUCUAUGUUGCGAGGGAUAUUGCUAGUAGGAUGUCGUAG